AUGGAUUCGGUAAAUAUGUCAAGUACUGAAGAGACAAAUGAUGUCAUCAACCUCUCUCAGUCUCAGUCUGAGCCAGAGCAUGAUCCUCAGCCUGAAACUCCUUCUGGUUCAAAGAAUUUGCAAAAAAGAAUUAUUAACUUUAGUGUGAUUUCUAGUCACAAAGGGGAGGCAAUUGGUAAAGCAGUGGAAUCAUGUUUUGUUGAUUGGGGUAUAGAGAAGAUUGGUACAAUCACUUUGAAUAACGCAAGUGCAAAUGAUGUAGCUAUUGCAUACGCGAAAAGAAAGUUUUCUAAAAACAGUGACUCUUUGAUUUUAAGGGAUGAGUACUUGCAUAUGAGGUGUUGUGCCCAUAUAAUUAAUUUAAUUGUGAAGGAUGGGUUAAGUGAAAUAAAAGAUUCAAAAACUCGAAUUCGUAACGAGGUGAAGUAUGUAAGGAGUUUUCCACAACGAGAGCAAUUUUUCAGGACAUGUGUUGAAACAGAGAAGGUAACAUGUGAAAGCUUGUUGUAUCUAGAUGUCCAAAUUAGGUGGAACUCCACAUAUCUAAUGUUAGAUGUUGCAACAAAGUUUCAAAAAGUAUUUGAGAGAUUAGAGGAUAAACCCCCACAUUUCAAAUUAGAACUUAAUCAUGGACCUCCUACCACUCAAGAUUGGGAAGAUGCUCAUGUUUUUACACAAUUUUUGUAA